CAUGCCCCCUCAGAAUCGCCGCCAGUCCUCGGUAUUGGAAUUAUCGCCGGGAUGCUGCCCCAACUCGCUAUCACAGGCGGAAUUUUGGGCAGACGCUGCAGACGCUUACGAAUCCGAAGCAGUGCAGGAUCAUCGUCCCUUCAGCUGCGUUCCAGUGUUGCAGCAAGGAGAGAGUGUUGGCCCAGCCCAGCGUAAUUGACGUGUAUGAAAAUGGCCAGCACACUUCGAGUUUACAAUGCUGGUUGGUUGUUUCGUGGCAUCGAUGCGUUCGCAUUAGCUGAUCGAGGAGGUAAAGGGAACAGCAGUUUUGGGGAGCGUCGAUGUAAUUUAGGCAACUCUAAGCUGCGAAGACACGCUUCAGCGUUGUCACAUACCAGGGAGAGAACUGCUGCAUUAGUCGUGGAGUGUGGGGGAUUAGCACCGACUGUGAGGAAUGCCAUUGAAACAGGUAAAGAGAAGCACACUGGUUUAGGGGAGGAAGUAUCAAGGCUGGAGAGGACCAUGGCAGAGCGUGGCUUUGAGGUAGACACACGCGUCGAAAACGAGUUGAAGACAGUGGGCGGGUUUCGCAACGCGAGGAGGACGAAGCUUGUCGCCACAAUUGGGCCGGCUUGCUGUUCUUACGAGCAGUUGGAUGAGCUGGCCUCGUCGGGAAUCAACAUCGCCAGGCUCAAUAUGUGCCAUGGUACUCACGAGUGGCACCGACAGGUGAUCGAGAAUUGCCGGAGACUGAAUGCCGCGAAGGGCUACGGCAUUGCAGUGAUGAUCGAUACCGAGGGGAGUGAGAUACACAUGGGCGACCUUGGUGGGGCAUCAUCUGCGAGAGCGGAGGAUGGAGAAGAGUGGUGUUUCACCGUGCGGAAGUUCAAUGGCCCAUUGCCUGCUUACACUCUCCAGGUCAAUUAUGAAGGUUUUGCUGAAGAUGUGCAGGUAGGCGAUGAGCUGGUAGUGGAUGGAGGAAUGGUAAGGUUCGAGGUCCUGGAGAAGGUGGGUCCAGAUGUGCAGUGCAAGUGCACUGAUCCUGGCAUACUUUUGCCCUGUGCUAAUCUAAAUUUAUGGCGUGAUGGGUUUCUGGUUCGAAAGAAGAACGUGACUCUUCCCACAAUAUCAUCCAAGGAUUGGGUUGAUAUCGACUUCAGCAUAUCUGAGGGUGUGGAUUUCAUUGCCGUUUCGUUUGUGAAGUCCCCUGAGGACAUCAAACAUCUUAAGAGUUACGUUUCUGCACGGUCGCCAGACAGGUCAAUUGGUGUGAUCGCCAAAGUCGAAGAUGGAGACUCCCUCCGUAAUUUGGAUGGCAUUAUACGCGUUUCGGAUGGAGUAAUGGUUGCAAGGGGAAAUCUCGGUGCACACAUUCCACUUGAACAAGUCCCGUCUGUGCAAGAAGCAAUUGUGGAUGCUUGUCGCAAGCUGAACAAGCCUGUAAUCGUCGCAUCACAGCUUCUCGAGUCGAUGGUUGAGUAUCCCACACCCACUCGAGCAGAGGUGGCAGACAUAUCAAAUGCUGUUAGGCAACAAGCGGAUGCCCUGAUGCUGUCUGGCGAGUCAGCCAUGGGCCUUCAUCCUAAGAAGGCCGUAGAGGUCUUGCGGAUUGUGAGUCUACGCAUGGAGCAAUGGGGUCGGGAGGAGACUCACCACGACAAAGUCUCACUCCCGGAAAUUUCUCAAUCGGACACUGCAAGAACAUCGGAACAGAUCUGUAACGUUGCAGCUCAGAUUGCCAAUAAACUGGGAGCGGACGCCAUUUUCGUAUACACACGCCGGGGCUAUAUGGCUUCGCUGCUCUCGCGAAACCGCCCAGACUGUCCCAUCUUCGCUUUCACUGAAUCGACUAACGUCACACGGCGCAUGGACCUGCUGUGGGGGAUCGUCCCGUUCAAAUUCGAUUUCAGGAAGGACUUGGAGAGCAACCUUCUCCAGUCCUCGGCGCUGUUGAAAGCCCGCGGCAUGGCGAGCUCUGGCAAUCUGGUGGUUGCGGUGUCGGACGUGUCCUCCUCGUCUCAAUCCGAAAUAGGCAUCCUGCAAUCCAUUCAGGUCCACGUCUUGUCGUGAGCAACUGCUGUUGUAUCUUCGUCUCGACGCCGUCUGCUUGUCCAGUUAGUAAACUUUGCGUUUCUCUGCCGAGAUUCUGUCUACCGACACCGAGAGACUGCGAGGUACUUGUCAUCGUUUAUAAUGAGCCCUCGGAACGAGUUUGUCGGUAUAAGUUUGUGUGUGCUUGUGCGUGUGCGUGUCUUUGUAAAUAUAUAUAUAUAUAUAUAUAUAUAUAUACAACUAUGGUUGUUUUGUUACAAAACAAUGAUUGCACUGAUAGAAGGGGAUUGCACGAA